GUCGCCACAGUCAAUCUGCUGCAUUGAGAAGCACCAUUGCGAAGACAUCAUAUCCAAGAUGGCAGCGCCCAUAUCGUGUACGUGACAACCAGAGUUACUCAAUCGUGACGACAACACGCGUAUGAGCGCCUACGGUGACAUGUUCUAGCGGUGAUUUGAAACUUCUUUUUGACUGACAGACGAGACAAGGUUUUUCCGUUUCUGUGGCUUCCACCUUACGUGUUCUUGCUUCGUCUUGCGCCAACAGAAUGUGUGUUUCGUACGUUCCGUGAGUGACAGUCGUGCUAGUUACGUGCAACACGUGCGUGUCGUCCAUUCAUUUGUGAUUUCAAGUUCUUCGGCAACUGCGUUACAAGUUUUUUAUGCCGUAAGUGCGCUUGUUUUGAAACUACUGCCGACGCGAUGCGCUUCUCCGUGUCCCACGCUUGUAAAACGAGCAGCGGCCGCUGCGGCGAGAUUUGGGGCCUCCAAGGAGCGUCCGACGCCGAAUGCUUGCAGACACCGACGUGCCUGUUGUACACGCAUGCCGGUAGCGUGCCACACCUGACGUAUGACAUGCUGCACAAAAUCAAAAGUGUCGACCAUCACCCCGCGCUUUUUCCCUUGCCUCCCAUAGCGAGCUUCGCAAAUUCGGUUCAAGAGUUCGGCGCCGGUAUUUCAACGUUUUCGGGCAUGUCCACGCACCCGUCAUUUAUAAGAAUCCAGGAUCCAAUGAAGGCGACGCCGUCCGGAUUCAAUGACAAGGCGGGCGUCUCUAUUUGGGACCAGGGAGGUCGCAUCCAUCUCAACGUCCCUAGUUUCAUGCGGAUCAUGGAAGCGUUCAAACCAUCUUGCUAUCAGGCGCUUUGCGACAGCGAUACGCCCAAGGACGCCACGAGGAAGAGGCUACAGCGAUCAGUAGAAAGGACGACUUCUCUGCUAGACCAGUGCAUCGCCGCGAAGUCGGUGUCAAGCGCUCUUCGGGACACCUGCAUUCUCGGAACGGUCGUGGGCGGUUACAGCAGGGAGCACCGGCACGCAUCGGUGAUGGAGAUCUCCAAACGCGACGUCGACGGAUACGUCAUCGAAGGGUUCCACGUGGACGGACCGGCAUCGAAAAGCCUGAAGUUCGAAGAGGUGGACGACCUCUUGCAGGAGGUGGUUGCAUUCUUGCCUGAAGACAAACCGCGGUUCAUGUACGGCGUGCUGCGGCCGGAAUUCAUACUGAAGGCCGCCAUGAGCGGCGUUGACGUUUUUGACACUUCCUACGCGAACGCGGUCACCGACGACGGGCUGGUUCUGUCGUUCCGCUGCAGCUGUGACAACGAGCUCGCGACGAUGCUCGAAAGGAACCUGUCAGAUCACCAACUCGCGUUGGACAUGAGGGAUUCCGUGUACAGGGACCAAUUCGUGCCGCUCUUGGAAGGAUGCGUUUGUUACGCGUGUAGACACUUCACGCGAGCCUACGUUAACCAUCUGCUGAGCACGGGCGAAAUGCUUGCUUACGUGUUACUAAGCGUGCACAACAUCCACCACUUCCUAAAUUUCUUCGAGGCCAUCAGGAGGUUCCUAAAGGCGCGGCACUGAAAGUUGUGUGAUUCUUUCUUACAUUCGCACAAGUCGCAUUGCUGGAAACUCUAGUAGACGGGACCAUUGAAGGACAAUAAAGCAUAUCUGUUCAAAUGGCGAC